UCGCUGUUGUCGGAGAUAGGUGGUUGUUGAAUCGGAUAUAUAAAAUAAAUCUCAUAAAAUUAAGCCUUAUUUAAUUGUACGAUAGCUCUAUGUAUUUCUUGAGUGUGCCAUAUUAAGUGAUUUAGUGAUUAUUGAAAUAGAACCAAAAUGUCUCAAGGAAAAAUAGUACUGAUGGCUUGUGGAAGUUUCAGUCCUCCAACUUAUAUGCAUUUACGUAUGUUUGAAAUUGCUAAGGAUUAUGUGCACUCAUUAAGCUUGGGUACAAUAGUGGGAGGUAUUGUGUCUCCUGUACAUGAUGCAUAUGGAAAGAAGGACCUCGUUGCUGCUAGUCAUAGAGUGGCCAUGUUGAAAUUGGCGUUGCGUUCAUCGGGGUGGGUCAAAGUAUCGGAGUGGGAGACGCAACAGACUGGUUGGACCAGAACUAGAGCCUCUAUGCAGUAUCAUCAAGAAAUAUUAAACAACCACGCGCACCUAACAGAUCCGCCAUCUUGGUUGCCCGAUGAUAUACUAAACGUCAACGACAUAGACGACUAUAACUCGAACCAGUUAAACGGCAACACUGAAAAUGUCACUGUCAAGUUACUGUGCGGCGCAGAUCUAUUGGAGUCCUUUGCCACGCCUGGCUUGUGGUCUGAUGAAGAUUUGGAAACAAUAUUGGGACAGCACGGUAUUGUCGUCGUAUCCCGGGCGGGCAGUGAUCCUGGCAGAUUUAUAUAUGAGUCGGAUAUGCUUUAUAAAUAUAGGAAAAACGUGAUCCUAGUCACCAACUACAUAGUGAACGAGGUGAGCUCGACGGUGCUGAGGCGCUAUCUGCGCACGCUGCCCGGACACAGUGAGUAUAACACGGACAUAGAGUACGACAAAUCGCCGCAUGACGUCAUCAUGAAAUCGCCCGAGGUGACAAGCUUCAAGAACAUUCUAAUAUCGAUCCGCGACAGGCCGUCGAUAGUCGACGAGACGGUGACGAUAAAGCGCGCGAAGAAAUCCAUCAUGGCGCACACGGACACCGUGACGCCCAUAGACAAGCUGAAGCCCAAGAUGGCGUACAUAGACAAGGUGUCGCCGAGCUACGUGCCCGGGAAGGCUGUCAAAAUCGUCAGUGACGUCACGCGGCACACGUUCGAUAAGGUGAGUGCACACGACACCAGCUCGCUCGACAGUUUCCUCGACGGCGGCGACUUGAGUCAGCGCAGGCUCAGCGAGGGCAGCGUGGAUAGGAAGACGCCGAAGAAGAGAUGCUCCUCAUCCACUAUAAGGAAGCUGAAGCCGGACGACAUGAAGAAGAGUAAGAGCGAAGUUAGCAAGCUCUGCGAUAAGGUUAAGAGUAUUAAGUUGAAAGAUGAAAGUAGGAAUUAUAAGACGCGCAGUUGUAACGAUAUUGUCAAGUUGAUAUUGACUAAGCAUGGGAUACAUGUUAUAAGCGAUACGGAGGCGAUUGUAUGAGCUGUGUGUGCUCGGCCUAAUUUGAAUUUGUCAGAUCUGUAUGGAAGUUUCGUUUGGACAAAAGAAUUUUCAAAUGAAAAUGGUCUCUGUGUGAAGGUUUCUUUAGUAUUUAGUAGGUCUGUUUAAGAAUUAUUUACGACAUAAUGACUAACGAAUAUUUUGAUAUAUUUUAUUGAUUUCAGAUAUCAGUAUCCAUUUUAUUUCUGUAUAACUUUAUGUUAUUGCAAAAGUGUUGCAAUAUAUUUGCCAAAUGUUACAAUUUUAUCGAAUUUGUAACUAUUAUUGUAAUUGAGCUAGGACAGAGUUGCUAAGCAAUUCUAAUACUUGAUAUCAACUUUUUCUUUAUAUUUAAUGUUAUCUUUUAUAUAUUUUUAGCCGACCUUUCGAAAAACUAAGGAGCUUUUCAAUAGCUCAAUCAUCAAUUCGAUUGCUUUUACUCGAUAACUUCGUGGGUUUUUAACUGAUGGACUAUUUUCGUGUUUGAUAGAAAAUUGUUGUCAUUUGGUUCAUUUUAGUAUCUAAGUGAUACCUCCCCGUAGGAAAGUCGGUGACCUUCGUAAAAAAAAAAAACAAUUAUUAGGCUUAGAAAUGUCAAAUUUCUUUCCCGUCUCUUUGUUUGGUUUUUAUAAAGAAUGAUACUAGAAGAAUUUUCAAAAGAAUUUAGCACAAAAUGAAGUCAAUAAAACGGAUAUAUCUUAUUAAAUAGGUGUAUAAUAAAUAUAAGACUCUCAGGCUAUUGACAUUUUCGGCGUGUGCGAAAGGAAUGGAGCUAUGCGUAACUUAUCUUGCAUCCCUUUCACACAUUGCCAUUAUGUCUACAAGUGUAUGACAUUUAAGGUCAUAGUAUAAUGAUAAGAAUACUUCCUUCUAAAUCUUUAUCUCUAAUAUAAUUUUAUAUUUGUAAUGACUAUACGUAAAAAUAUCUAUAUUACAUAUAUAUAAGUAAAAAUAUCUAUAUACAAUACAUAUGUAUUAUGUAUCCAUUUGAUUUCAAUUAUAAAAACGACUUUUUUGUAUGGCAAUUAAGUAAUUAAAAAAUUAUUUUUUCUCCUCUCUAUAUUGGUAAGGAAUAAGUAUGCUACGUAAGUUUUUUAUGUUUGUUUGUUUUACAUCACAAUGUUAUGUUUUGAAAAUUUAUUUAUGUAGUUUGAUUAAAACUGAUAUUUGGGCUGGGCAGAUUGUUGUAUUACAUAAAAAUUAAAUUUAUUCAAAGUAUCCAUAGGUACUUUCAUAAAAUUUUCAUGUAUCAUCAUUUUCAUCUAUCAUGAUAGAUGAAUGGAAAGAAGUCAAAGGAGAAAGAAAUGUAAACUAUAUGAAUUAGGUACUUACUUAUAUUAUGUACUUUACCUAUAUUAUGAAUCACUCCUAUUGGUGGUAUUGUCUUAAAACAAAUGUAAUUUAAAUUCUUUUCGAUAAACUUGUAACUGUUUUAAUUUAUAAAUGCGUAUAAUAUUUUUAAUUACAUUGAAAG